AUGGCUGUCCAUAAACCAUUUGGUAAUCUUAGGGAGGGGACAAGGGUUGGUGAAAGUUCAAAGGCGAAAUCGGCGGCAAAGCCGCGUUGGUGGUCAACCGUGAAACAUACAAUUAAGCAGGCAGUGAAGUUGAAUGCGGAGCCUGAAGCAGAGUCUCAAUCGAAAGCGAAUUCAAAGGUGGAGUUGAACGUGGAGUUGGAGUCAGAAUUGAAGGCGUUGUUGAAGGUGGAGGAGGAGGAAAAAUUGAAAGCGAAGGCAGAGGUGGAUUUGAAGUCUGAUGCGAAGGAGAAAUUAAAUGCUGAGCCAGAGUCAGAGCUGCAACCGAAGUUAAACUCCAAAUCCAAAGCGAAGUUUGAGUCGGAGUCAGAGGUGGAUACGAAGCCGAAAUUCAUAGCUAAAGCGAAGUCGCAGGUUAAAUCAGAUGCGGAGUCAAAGGUGAAGCCAAAAAUAGGGGCGGAGUCGGAGUCAAAAGCGAAGUUAAAGGUGGAUUUGAAGUCGGAUGCGAAGAAGACAUUGCAGAUGAAGUCAAAAUCAAAAUCCAAGGCGAAGUUGGAACCGGAAUCAAAGGCGGAAACGAAGUCGCAGGUUGAAUCAGAUGCGGGGUUGAAGGUGAAGCCGAAGAUAGGGACGGAGUUGGAGUCGAAUGCAAAGAUAAAGGCGGAGUUGAAGACAGAGUCGGAGUCGGAAUCAAAAGCUAAGUCAAAGGUGGAUUUGAAGUCGGAUGCGAAGAAGACAUUGCAGAUGAAGUCAAAAUCAAAAUCCAAGGCGAAGUUGGAACCGGAAUCAAAGGCGGAAACGAAGUCGCAGGUUGAAUCAGAUGCGGGGUUGAAGGUGAAGCCGAAGAUAGGGACGGAGUUGGAGUCGAAUGCGAAGAUAAAGGCGGAGUUGAAGACAGAGUCGGAGUCGGAAUCAAAAGCUAAGUCAAAGGUGGAGUUGGAGUCGGAUGCGAAGAAGAUAUUGCAGAUGAAGUCAAAAUCAAAAUUCAAGGCGAAGUUGGAGCCGGAAUCAAAGGCGGAAACGAAGUCGCAGGUUGAAUCAGAUGCGGGGUUGAAGGGGAAGCCGAUGAUAGGGACGGAGUUGGAGUCGAAUGCGAAGAUAAAGGCGGAGUUGAAGACAGAGUCGGAGUCGGAAUCAAAAGCUAAGUCAAAGGUGGAGUUUGAGUCGGAUGCAAAGAAGACAUUGCAGAUGAAGUCAAAAUCAAAAUCCAAGGCGAAGUUGGAACCGGAAUCAAAGGCGGAAACGAAGUCGCAGGUUGAAUCAGAUGCGGGGUUGAAGGUGAAGCCGAAGAUAGGGACGGAGUUGGAGUCGAAUGCGAAGAUAAAGGUGGAGUUGAAGACAGAGUCGGAGUCGGAAUCAAAAGCUAAGUCAAAGGUGGAGUUGGAGUCGGAUGCGAAGAAGACAUUGCAGAUGAAGUCAAAAUCAAAAUCCAAGGCGAAGUUGGAGCCGGAAUCAAAGGCGGAAACGAAGUCGCAGGUUGAAUCAGAUGCGGGGUUGAAGGUGAAACCGAAGAUAGGGACGGAGUUGGAGUCGAAUGCGAAGAUAAAGGCGGAGUUGAAGACAGAGUCGGAGUCGGAAUCAAAAGCUAAGUCAAAGGUGGAGUUGGAGUCGGAUGCGAAGAAGACAUUGCAGGUGAAGUCAAAAUCAAAAUCCAAGGCGAAGUUGGAACCGGAAUCAAAGGCGGAAACGAAGUCGCAGGUUGAAUCAGAUGCGGGGUUGAAGGUGAAGCCGAAGAUAGAGACGGAGUUGGAGUCGAAGGCGAAGAUAAAGGCGGAGUUGAAGACAGAGUCGGAGUCGGAAUCAAAAGCUAAGUCAAAGGUGGAGUUGGAGUCGGAUGCGAAGAAGACAUUGCAGAUGAAGUCAAAAUCAAAAUCCAAGGCGAAGUUGGAACCGGAAUCAAAGGUGGAAACGAAGUCGCAAGUUGAAUCAGAUGCGGGGUUCAAGGUGAAGCCGAAGAUAGGGACGGAGUUGGAGUCGAAGGCGAAGAUAAAGGCGGAGUUGAAGACAGAGUCGGAGUCGGAAUCAAAAGCUAAGUCAAAGGUGGAGUUGGAGUCGGAUGCGAAGAAGACAUUGCAGUUGAAGUCAAAAUCAAAAUCCAAGGCGAAGUUGGAACCGGAAUCAAAGGCGGAAACGAAGUCGCAGGUUGAAUCAGAUGCGGGGUUGAACGUGAAGCCGAAGAUAGGGACGGAGUUGGAGUCGAAUGCGAAGAUAAAGGAGGAGUUGAAGACAGAGUCGGAGUCGGAAUCAAAAGCUAAGUCAAAGGUGGAGUUGGAGUCGGAUGCGAAGAAGACAUUGCAGAGGAAGUUGACCUUAAACUUAAAUUAUAACAUGAACACGAAGACGACGAUGGUGGAGGAAUUGGAGACGAUGGCGAAAGAAUUUGAGAUGAAGGUGGAGGAAUUAGAGACGAAAAUGGAGGAUUUGGUGACUAAGGUGGUCUUGAAUCCGGAGUUGGAGUUGAAGGCGGAAUCGCGGAUGAUGUGGAUGUCGGAGGCGAAGGAGCAGGUGCAGGAGAAAGAGGAGGAUGAGAUGGAGGAAGAGACGGAUGAUGAACUGGAGGAGGAGGAGAUGGAGGAAGAUUCAAAGAAACCAUAUGAACAGGCGGAGGGGUACCCGGAAGAGGAGGAUGUGCAGGAAGAGGAGGAUGUGCAGGAAGAGGAGGAUGUGCAGGAAGAACAAGAAGAAGAACCGGAAGAGGAUAAAGAGGAAGAAGCUGGAGUGGAGGAGUUGGAGGAUGCACUGGAGAAGGAGGAGACGGAAGAACUGGAGAGGCCGGAAGAUGAACCGGAGGAGGAUGAGUUGGCGGAGAAUGAGAAGCCGAAUGAGCCAUAUGAGGAUUCGGAGGCGGACCCGGAAGAGGAGUAUGUGGAGGAUGAGCAAGAAGAAGAAGUGGAAGAACAUGAAGAAGAAAAAGACGAAACGAAGGAGGAGCCGAAAGAUGGAGAGGAGGAAGAUGAGGAAUCGAUGGAGCCAUGUGAGGAGGCGGAGGUGAACCCGGAAGAGGAGGAUGUGCAGGAGUCGGAAAACUAUGAAAAGGAAGAAGUGGAAGUGGAGGAGUUGAAGGAUGCACCGGUCGAGAAUGAGGAAGAGACGGAAGAUGAAACUGAGGAGGCUGAGGAAAGAAGAGGAUCCGGAGGAGGAACCGGAGGAGGAUCCAGAGGACGUGCCGGAGGACGAGCCGGAGGACGAGCCGGAGGACGAGCCGGAGGAUGA